AUGAGCUCCAACAGAAAAAUACGAACACUUUUGCUGAUUUUCGUGUUAUAUCUAUCGGAAAGCCCAGCGUCAGCUUCAUUAUCAGGUAAAUUCUCGUCAAAAUUCAGGAUUUAAAGCCGGAAUCGAAAAAGAACACAAAGGGGUCGAGUGGUUUUUUAUUCGAUUUUCGCGUGGCUCUUCAAAAAUCCUUCUGUUCUUUCCGCGUCCUCAAACGAAUCGACACAUGUCUUUCGAGUUGUUCCGGCUCUUUUUUUUCGAAUAGAAGGCUUUGGGAGUUUAGGUGAUUUUUUAGAAGUGUUGGUUUAGAUGCUUAGGAUCUUUUUUUCAAGAAAUGGAUGCUUACGAAAUUUUUAAGAUUCUGAGGUGGUUUACAAAAAAAUUUUUCAGAAGAGUUUUGAGAAGGAAAAAUUUGGUUUUUUUAGGUGAUUUUUUUGUAAAUUUAAAAAUCGGUAAUUUUAAAAAAAUAGAUGAUUAGGAACUCUUUCAAGGUUUGAAGAAAAAUUUUUAAAAAGUUUUUAGAAGUUCAAAAAGGUAUCAGGGUUUUGAAAAAGACUAUUUGGAACGUUAGAUCUUUUCCAGAGGAAUUAGAAGUGUUAUGAAAAAUAUUUCUCUAAUUCAGAAACUGUUUAUGGGGUUUUCGAAACUUUUCAGAAGUUUAGAGAUUAGAAGCAGGCUUUUAAAAAGAAGAAUCUAUAAUUUGAGGUGGUUUUUAGAUAAUCAAAAAAAGCAGAAACUUCAUGAAAAAAAUUAAUCUUUUAUGAGGGUUCGAUGUUCGAAAAGUUCAGUGAGAAAAAAAUCAUGAUAAAGAAUUUACAAUUUGAGAAAUAUUUUUUUAUUAGCGGAAACUUCUGAAAAACUUUUUUGAGGCUCAACAUGUUGAGAAGUUCGGAUGAACAGAGCUUUUGCAAAAUUUGAAUAUAAAAUUUCAAAAUUUUCAUCUUUUUUUGGCCUCACUCUGAAAAAAACCUUUGAAAAAAAUUCUUACAUUUAAUUUUUUUACUAGACGUUAAUGAUCUCUCAACUACAUAAAACGAGAAUUUUCGGACUCUUCAUAGUGCAAAAUGUGCCGCGAAGUGACAGCCUGCCGAUUUCUUUUAGGGUUCAUAAAAUUUGAGGCUUUCAUCGCCUUUGAGGAACAUUAAAAAAAUGGGUUUUUAGUAGAUUCAAAUCUCCAGUUUUUUUGAGCAAAAUUUAAUAUAAAGUUCUUAUUGAGAAAUUAUAGGUUUGAGUACGUUUCUGUUAGAUUUUAUAUGAAUUAUCGUUAAUAAAUUGGCAGUCUCGAGAGAUCUUCUUUUCUAGAUUCCCAGUUGAUUUUUUGGAUUUCAAUUGAUUGAUCGUCAUGUUCCUCAAGGUCAAGCACCCGGGAGUCUCUCCAAAAAGAUUAAACCAGCUUUUUAGUAGCUUGAUCAUUCGACAUCAAAUUUUUUUUGUUGUUGAAACUCUGUCUUCCGGUCACUGAGCAUGACCUCAUGACCUCAGAUGAUGCUCCACAGCUCGAGCUUCUCAAGUCAUUUCAAGAGCUUGAAAUUAUUUAGUGAAGGGAAACUUGGAAAAAAGAGGAAAGCUCAAGCUCCCGGUUAGCCUCAUGUCAGUGGUGAUCAAGCUAAGCAUGAACUGGAUUCCAAAUAUCCAGUUUUUCUUGUCCUGCUGCUCUAGCUCCUAGAAACCAUUCAAAGAGCUGCAGCUCAGCUUCCGGCCGACCUCACGCCAAAGGUCGAGCCGACCUCAACCUCGAACACAAGGCGAUGCACGGGUAAUCCCUGAGGCCGUCUGUUCGUGGCUCGCGCGGCUUGUCGGGGGGCCGUCAAUCUGAGCGACGGCUCCUCUUGCCGAUCGCCCGGCGACAAAUCGCCUCGUUUCUCACAAAUUUGUUGUGAUAACGUGUUAUUGAAGGGCAUUCGUAAUGAGUGUGAUGAUUGGGAUGUUUGAAAAAAAAAGAAAAAAAAACUCUUCAAUUAGUUCAUUCAUCGUUGGCUUAACGCUUUUAUCGAAACAGGUGCAAAGAAGAAACAAAUAGACAUCUCUGGUGUAAACACGUUACAUUUUUUUAGUUUAUUAAAUUUUUUUUUGCCCAGAAUACCAAGUCCAGAUCAAAGUUCGAAGCUUUUUGAGUUCAUUUCUAAAAGUUCUGAAGCGUAUUGCAUACUUCAUUCGUCUCUGACAUUAGAGAGUGUUACGUAUUUUUCCGAUUAACGGAAAACUGGGCGAAAUGAGAGUUUUAGACGUCUUUGUGGUUUUUUUUUUCAAUUUUUGUCUCAACCUGGUGUUGAUUGGAAAAGAUUUUUUUGAAAGAAAAAAAAGGUCGACAAAUUUCCCGAGUUUAUUUCAGAGCAUUUCCGAUUUUAUUCAAUUUCAAUCGCAAAAUCAGGAUGGUAUGGUGAUGUUGCAGGGAGGGAAAAAGACCACUAGGUGGAUUAACUAACCCCACCUGUUAAGAAAAAAAAAAGUUUUUGGUGUAAGAAAAGAAACAUGUCAUGAUUUUUGUGAUAGUUUCAAAAUACAUCAAUUUUUUUCCUGUCGAGCCUCAAAAGGCGCAAGGUCAUAUUGAGGCUGAAGCUGAAUCUACAGUAAAAUCGCAAGAUUUUCUAGAACUAUUUUCAAAAAUUGAAUUUUUAACCUUUCUUGAUCUCUUAAGAUCGUUUUUUCUUUCAUAAGCUCCUUCUUUCUGUAUUUCAGCGAUUGGUCGCAUUUGGAAUGGCUCAGAGUCUCGAGAUUUGUUCAUUAUCGUGACUGUAAAUUUUGAAUUUUGGUGAGAAAAAGUACUCUACGCGCAACGCGACCCAUUGAGCUAUUCCACCUGCGACCAUGCCCGAAAUAUCAAAGGUGGUUUCAAGUGACUUCCAUAAGAUUCGAUGGGCCAAAAGGGUGACCACCACUGUGUUGAGUAAUUGGGCCGGUCGGGUUGUGCAAGAGAGAAAAAUACUCGUUUAAUGCCAGGGUGUUACCUAAUUGGAUAAUCGGAGCACAAUUGUGAGCGCGGUUAAUCAACCGCGUCGAAUAUCGUUUCGUUUUGGCUCCUCCAGCUCAUCAUUGACCAUGAUGAGCUGGAGGAGAACUUGAAGGUUCUGGGUGGAUAUAAAAUUAAAGAAAAAAGAUUUUUUCGAUUGAAUAAAGAGAAAAUAAUCGAAAUAUGAUUGAACUUUUUAUUGGGUUUAUUUUUAAAGUCUAUUUCCGAUUUUGAGAAAUAAAUCCAUGGCAUAUUGGAACAGAGAAUAAAUGUACAGUACCGUCAGAAAAGUUACCAAAAAUCAGGGUUUCGAUGACAAUUUUCUUGUAAGAACUUCAAUUUUCCUGAAAAAUUCUGAAGCUGCGGUUUUAUCCAGGAACUGGGACUUCAUCAGAGGGGUAAAAUUAACUGUCAUCACAUUCCCAGAAAGUUCCAGAAAGUUUGAAUCCCUUACAAGAAAGUUGUGACCGAAACCCCGUUUUAUCGUAUCUUUUCUGACGGUAAUGUAUUUGAAAAAUCGAAAAUUUUUUGAAUUUCACGUAAAUGCUUGCGAAAUGAAUACGGCAGGAAACGAGUUCUUCAAUAUGUUACAGAACAUAUUUUUUUUUAAUAGUUUUGGGUUUAUUCGAAGGAUUUUUUUCCAGUGUAACAUGGUCUACAAAUGAUAAUCAAUUUUUGAAAAAAAUUUUACAUUUUGGUUGGAAAAAAAGACUCGAUUUUAUGCUCAUUACCUCGCCAAAGGUCUAGUUAUUUCUUUCAGCUUUUUUUAUUAAAAUUUUUUUUAUUUUGAAAAAGUUAAAAAUAAGCUAGCGAUAACUGACGAGCAAUGUUUAGCUUAAGACACUAAUUUUCUUCAAAACUCUUUUCGCGACAGUUUUCAGUGGCGAAAAAUGAGCUGAAUCGAUAAUUUCACGUCAUUUUCUCAUUUCAUUCCGUUUCAGAAGAACCGCCGUGUCCUGUCGGCUGGCAACUAACUUCGGAAGCAUGCGUUUUGGUAUUUGUGGCCCCGCUGACUGCUGAACAUGCUAAGGUACACAUCCAGCUCUAUUUAUAAAAAAACUUGAUAUAUAGAGAAAAGACAAAAGAUUUUUUUACUUUAGAAUCGAUGUCAAAUUGAAGGCGGCGCUUUGUUGGAUACCGGAUCCAAUUCGUUAGUUGAAGAUGUUGCAGAGAUUCUGCAGGUAUUUUUUUCGAAUCGAAAAGUGUCUAAAAUCAUUAAAAUGAAGCCCUUUUUCUGAGUAAACUGUGCCCUUUCUGUCCAAGUAGUUUAUAUAUUUCUUUUUUUGGGGUUUUUCCUUUUUGAAGUGAUCACUCUAACAAGGUAGGUCAUUUUUUUCUUUGCGGUUAGGAAUUUCCUGAAAAUUUUUUUAGAAAAAAAUUCUUGAUGUAGCAGAAAAAAAGAUCCUGGAAGUCUCAAUCUGCACAACUCCCCAAUUUUUCGAGAAAUAAAGUUUUUUUAGACUUCAAAAAUAUCUUUUUAAGGGAUUUUUGAGACGUCCUUUUUUAAAAACUAUAAAGUUGUGCAAGUUGAGGCUCUCAGAAUCUUCAACCUUUGAAGAAAGAAAUAUUCUUUUUUCAGGAAAUUCCCAACCGUAAAGUGAAAUUACCUACUUGUAAAGAUAACUGAUGAUUUUGAGUGUUUGGAUACAAAAUUUAACGGUAUUUUCUCCAUCUCAAAGCCAAGUUUUUUUCGUUGAUAUAAAGAUUCAUCCUUUGGUAUAUAAUAUAUGUAAUCGGAAGUCUGUUGCUGUUUGAAAAUUCCCCUUCUUUUGGAAGUUCUCGUCCUUUUAAGAAUCAAUUUCGUGAUUCAACCUUUUCUUAGCUUCUAAUUUUACUCUUUGAUAGUCUAUCAUAGCUCUUUUUGUUGGUUUAUUUCACUGAUUUCAAUCCAGCUUGAAAGAUUUCAUACGUCCUCUCCUUUUUUUUUGGUUAAACCCUACUGGUUUACAGUGAAGUUUAACAGUUGCUUCACUUCAAUCUUUCAAGUCCUUGCUUUUUUCUUCAUUUUAGAGCUUUCAAAAGUUCGUCUGAUGAUACUUUGACUUUCGAAAUUUCAAAAUUAUCAAUUUUUGCAGUCGCUGCACGAAAAAGGCCUCACAGAGCCGACUUUUCACGUCGGCGGCCCAGGCCACGCGUUGAGCCGCGAUUUUGAUGGUAACUAUCGCUUGUGAGAUUUUAUUUGAAUAUUUAAUAAAAUACAAAAAAUAUAGAGUCACCACGAACCCAUCGUCUGCCCAUCCGUUUGUCUGUUACCUGGACAAAAUCGCCAGAAGAUCGUUGGUUAUCCGACAAAAGUUGUUGCCUAGAGGUUAGGAAAAAAAUUUUCAAGAGUAACUUUUAAAUUUUGAAUUUCAGGAGCUCCUAAGAUCACUUCAACUGGACAAUCGGAGAUUUAUUUCCACCCCAGAGCCGACGCCGAUUACAUCGCCUUGCCUUGUGCCGUUGAAGGAAGUCCGGCCCCCAUAGUUUCUUGGUACCGAAAUGAUGUAGAAGUGGUAGGUUUUCGGGAUUUUUAUUGUAAUUUUGAGGCAUUUCACGUCUUCAAAAUCUUACAGAAAAUUUGAAUAAAUUCGAGUACUAUAUUAACAAGUUCUCUGCGAUUUUCAAAAAUCUCUUGGUACAAGAAUUUCAAGUUGGCUCCUCAGAGCUCUUUUUUCCUAUCAGAGAUACUACAUAAUCUUUUCAACUCAUAACACCUGAGUUUCAGAGACUCCGCCCACUUUCAGGGUUACGGUAGAGAAAGUAUCAUAAAAAACUAACUUUUUUCCUGGUGGAGCAAAUUGGUUCAAACCAACUUUAACGUAAAGAAUAUGCCAUUUUGAGCAUUUUUUGUGUUAAUAGUGACCCUGGGAAAAUUUCCUUACUCCAGAAAAAAAUUGAUUAAUGUUGAAAAAAAUGACUAUGCAGCCCAAAAAAAGCUUUUUUUAACUUCAAAAAAAUUCUUAUUUUUUUCGAAAUUUUAAAAGUAUUCAGAUAACAGUUUUUAUGCCAAAAGUAUGUUUGAUGUAGCUUUUGACUAGAAAAUAAAAAAAAUUUGAAAAAAAAAUUUUUUCAUUUCUUCUUUGAAUGGAAGGGAAAAAGCUUCAAUUUGUAUCAACCUCGCGAAUAAAUACAAAAAAAUUGAAAUAAAAUUUUCGGCUAGAAAAAAAAAACUUCAAAAUCUUCAAUUUUCAACAUGCACUUGUGCUCUCAUGAUUUUGUUAGAGCUUAUAGAAUAUAAACGGAAAAUUAUUGUCUUUUUCGUUUCAUGAAGCUCUCGAGGAGUUUUAAAAGUCACGAUGUUCAUCGACAAGUAAUCCUAGUCACGAUUAAUAAUAAUCGAUCAAGAAAUAGUUAUUGAUUUUGAAGCUCACUCCAUCGACUUCAAACGUCUCCUACCUUCUUUCCGGAGGCACCUUAUUGGUUCCAGCUCACUCUUCCUUAUCUUAUUCGUCAUUCCAUUGUACGGCGAAGAACGCUUUGGGCGAAGUUCGGUGGGUUUUCAUAAUUUUUGCUCUUGAUUUACUAUCUUGUUCUUAUAUCCUUCAUGACGAGGUCUAGGCGUCGGGAAUUUUCACUGGAAAGUUUCUAAGGUAAAAAGAGGAUAUUUUACAGUUUUUUACUAGGAUAAUAAAUGAUUCUGAUUCAUUUUCUCGCCUCAUAAUUUACCCACUAAGCGGAAAGUACAGUAAGAGAAAAAUUAGAACUCGAUAAAAAAUGUUAUUCCUGGGAAGGUGUUAGGAAGCUAGAAGUCCAGGAGAAACCCUGAGAAUGUGUUUAGAAAGAAGUUGAAAGGUCUUGGGAAGGUAAAAACAUUGAAAAUGCCUGCCAGAAGCCUUCUAGCAGGUUACUAGACGGUGAAUAGAGGUGUUGGGAAGGUAUCUGAAAAAAUUUCCACUAUUUUCUGGAAAGCUUCCGAAACGAAAGCAGAAUCUUGCCAAAUUUAACCUGAGUAGGUACUUUUGGACAGUAUCAUUUAGUUUUUAUCAAAAAAAAACCUGCUGAUUUUUGCCUUUUAUUGUAGAGCUUCAGCUUCAGAGAAGCUAAAACCCUCUCUUUCUGCAGUGAAAUGGGACAUACCUAUCUGUUGAACUUCAAAAUAAUAUAUUUAGCCCCAUAUCUUAAAGGCAUAGGGGCAGUAAAAAAUGGGGUUUCAGGUCAAAGCAGUAUCUUGUAUAGUUUUUCUUUGCGAAUUGAAUGGCGUACUCAAAAAAAUUACAGAUGUGACAACUUUAGAAGAAAAACGCGAUUUUACUUUCCCGCCUUCAAUUUUGAAAAAAGCUUUGGAUCGGCCUACGGACAAAUGUUUACAGUAGCCGUGCACGCGAUGUUGCGGACGUCUCAUUAGACUCGCCUUUUGUGAGAAACAACCGGAUUUCUGCUUCAAAUUAAGGGUUUCUUCUCUGAAAAAUCGAUUAAGAAAUCAGAAAACAUACAUUGAUAAUAAAGAAAACACAAAUAAUUGCUAUCCCAAUCAAAACCUGUGUAAAAUCAUCAUUUUUCGCCAGAGAAGCAUUUUUGCGAUCAAAGUUUGCAAAUUAUACAUGAAUAGAAAGCUUUUGUGACGAAAAGAACUUUGGUGACAACAGAAAAAAUUGAAAAUUGAAAUAAACGAAGAAAAAAGCGAAAAUCCGGAAGAUGGCGAAGCCUGUUGUCCAUAGAGCAACUUUACUGCAAAACCCCCUUUUUGGCGGCAACUCAAACUUUCCUCCCUCCGACUUUGAAUAAUUUUUUCUCCAAAACUAGGAACUUCUGUAAGUUUCCAAGUUCACCGUUCGAUUCGCAAUGAAAAGCUCUACAAAAUACUGCUUUGAACUGAAACACCGUUUUUCACUGCCCCUAUGCCUUUAACAAAAGCCGCUCUUUUUUCCCAUAAAUUCUGAAUAAUCGUUUUCGAAAGUGCUCCACUGAGAAGUUUCAUCGAUUUCUGAUACAAUUCCUUCAUCUGUAAAACAAAAUUAGUUCAAUAAAGUUGGUCCUGAAAUGAUGAGCAAUUUCGAAAGAAGUUUAGACGUUCGAUUAUACAUCGAUUUCAGAGGCUCGGCGAUCCUCCUGAAGCCGUCGUUCCUGGACGCGUUCCGUCCGCAUCGCCUUGACGUCUACUCGUUGAUGAACGGCGGGGCCAAGCUGGACUGCGAUCCGCCGACUCAUCAGCCAAGUACGUUUCGAUGUUUUAAUGGAUUUAAUAGAAGUUUUGAUUUUUGACAGAGAUUUUUAAUGGUUGUGCUGGUUAGAAGAAGGUUAUACAAAAUCAGGUUCACAUUAAGUAAUGGAACUGAAAAUAAAGUGAAAGUUGUGCUGGUUUAAAAGUCAUUUUCCAAAUAUUCUUGGAAAUUUUGUAGAAAAAUAUAGAAGCUUCCGAACUUCAUAGCCUUCUCCAAUAGGAUGCCUUAUCGUUCUGAAAAUGUUUUCUAAAAAUCGCAUGAUGUUUUUCGCAUGAAUCUGUUUCCAACGCCAAAGCAUCUGCCAAAAGUUGUACAGCUGCUGGAUAAUUUUUCACUCCCACGUUAAAAAAAAAGCAUGUUUGGAACUUCAAAAGAACAGAAAAACGGCUUUUCCCCUUGGUGAUUGAUGACGAGUCCAGCCUCUGAGUUCUUUCUCGUUUUUUUUGUUCCGAAGUCAGCGGUUUUUCACUUUUUUAUGUCAAGUGAUGGGCAACUGUUUGAAGUCAUUCUUAGCUUUUUACUGGAUCAUACGAAAUAUGACAUGUUAAGGGAAGGGGCCCAGUUCUUUCUUUAAAAUCUUAGAUUUUUUUGAAUGAAUUUGUUUAAGUAUGGUUUUUUUCAAAAAAACCCUUUCGAAUUGAUAAAUUUUGAAUUUAAACUUUUCGUUUUUUUCUUACCUUGAACUAUAGAACAGUGUUGUGAAUGGACUAUGGAUUUUAAGGAACAUUUUAAGGACCUUGAGGAUUUCAUCUUACAAAUUUAAUACUUCAGAAUUUCUUAUAUUGUUCAAUUUAAAAAUCUCAAAAUUUCUUCACAUCUCGGAAAGCAUUGAUGAAUGGGAAACUGAAGCUUUUUCACACAAAAAAAAAAUCUUUCCUUUCAACCUUAUCACUUAGAAACGUUGAAAAGCUUCAUCCACCUCCUGAAAGUUCACGCUGUAAAACGGAGCUUUUCCACACUUUUCAAAGAGUCUAACAAUCCGCCCCGAAAAUCUCUUCCCCCAACACAUCAUCAUCACUCGCUUCCGAAAAAACCAUUGAGGCGCACCCCAUUCCAAUGGCGUCGAAACGAGGCACAUCCUUCCCCUCUUUGCCUCCGGAGAAGCAUCGAAAUGGGGCUCGUCCUUGCUCAUUUCAGACGAAGAAGAGCUCUUUUCCGUUGGAGCCCCUCUGACAUGUUUUCCAUGUUUGUCGUCGUUCCAACAAACUUCUUCUUCUUUUUUCCGGCUUGAAAUUGGUUGAGAAAUGGCUUUUCUCCGGAACGUUUCCCUCGUUACUUACUAUAGUCUGAACGUCUUCGCUCUAAUUUUUCAGUCGCUUCGAAAUUGGUUGAAAAAUGGCUUUUUUGGUGCGUGCUCUUUCUGUCGGGAGUAGGUAUAGUAUUGCUCAUGAUAGCUCAUUUUAAAUGAUUCUGAUUCUGACUAGACCUAAAGUUACUCAUGUCGAAAGAGAGAUUUUUUUCAAUUCUAAAUAUUUAAGUUUUAAUAAAUUUUAAAUUUUAUCAUUCUCUCUCUACCGCUUUCGAUCAAAAGAAGGGACAAAAUGCCCUAAAAUCCAGAUUUUCGACGAUAGAAAGAAUUGAGGGUUAUUGCUCAUGUUAGCUCACUUUUAGGUCGUUUUCGGCCUUUAUUGCUCAUUUUUCGACUUAAGAUUGUGUUUCCCCGCUAACUUUAGACAACUUAAAAAAUCGGUAAUCAUAGUUUUUUGCAUAAGAGUCAAAACCCUGUUAUUGCUCAUGUUAGGCUGCUUGUAUAGCUCUAAGAAGUCGUUUUUUCUGAGUUUUUUCAACACCUGACUGAGUAAAAGCUGUUGCUCAUGUUAGAGCCGCACUCAAUCGUCAAAUCCUCACCUCCCAGCGGACCCCUAAAAAGGGAACCGCCGUUCCCUACAACCGUUUCUCGAGCCUCUCUGCCGUCUCUCCAUUUCCCCAUGUGUCUACACGUUUUGACAAAUCGAGCCAAUCACUCAUAGGCACAACACACGCAUCUCCUCAUCUUCCCUGGGGAGAUUCAUAAGGUCCUCGGCUGUCCUGGAUCUUUUCUCACUAGUCAGUGCAAAUCCAGGCUUCCGACUUUGAGCUCGAGUUUCUGUAGAAUUUUUGGAGCAAGUGUAGGUCUUUUUUUGGAAAAGGUUUGAAGGUGGCCAUGACUGAUCUGCUGGCCACUAUCACUCAAGAUCUUUUUGCUUAAAAAAAAUCUGAAAGCUUGACCAAUCUCCUGGCUACUAGCCAAUUUUAUUUCUGGUUAUCUGAUUUAUAUACCUUGAUCGUCUCGGAUCUUUUCUCACUAAAUAAUUUUCUGAAGCUUUAACAGAUUGUACGGGCGCAGUUAAGGGUCAUUCCUCUCAUAAAGGAGAUUUUAGAAUAGCCUUACCGAUCUCCCGGUUCCGAGCCAAGUUGGUUUUUCUCUUAAUCACUGAUAAGUUUCCUGCCUAGAUUGUCUUGAGUAAUUUCCUAGAAAACAUUCUAGACUUGGGCCGAUUUUAAGUUGAACCUUGAAUAGACUAGGUCUUUCCUUUGGAAAAUGGUCCAAAAACUGUUUUUGCAACCCUUGUCGCCUGAAGAUUGUCUUUUGGGGUUGUUCAAUCAGGUCGAUGUAAUCUAUUUCUACCCGAAAAUUUUAGCGAACCGUCUUUGUCUUUUUUUUUCCUUCAGGAAGUCUGAAACUGCGAAGUUCUUUCUACUAGACCGAACUUAUCUCGUGGAGCAUUAUCAAUGGUUUCAGUCUUAAACCUUGUCGACAUAAAAAAUGGUCCGAACUUUGAAAUAGUCUUGAUUUUAUGACUUUUUUUUUGACGGAUCUUCAUAAACACUAAAUUGCGAUAUUUACGGCUCUGACUACCAACAAAACUUUUAUCUCACAUAGAAAUCUAGAGAUUUUCAGUGUUGCUUUCACCUCGCUCAGAGAAAUUCGCGAAUAACUCUAGUAAGGAUGAAAAAGAGGAAUGUUCCCAUCGACUGAACUAGACGGCACCUGUUUCUGAUUCUUUUUCAUCCGCUGCGCCGUCGUCGAAACGUGUCACCGACACAUGUUGUUCUUCGUUCGCUUUUUCGAUGUAAAAUGAGCUUCGAGCCUUUGGAUAUCAAAGCUUAUCUCUUUUGAAACAAGCCUAGGAUGUGUUUAAAAUGUCCCACAAAUAAUUCCACUUUUGAGGAAAGUUUUAACUCAAAAACCCUCUGAAAUUCACGUUACGAUUCGAAAUUUUUAUCUAAACCAUGAUUUUCGACAAUAAGAUCGAAGAGAAUAGAUAACACUGGCCGAUCAAUUCUGAUAAAAAAGAGGAAAACGUAUCAAUUUUUGGUCUUGUACUGACCUUAUCAUAACAAACUGAUUUCAAUGAAUUUUCAGAAAAACGAGUCAAGAUUUUUUUAGUUGUCUCAAACCAGUGUAAAUGACAAUUUUUGCUUUUCUUUUCCCAUUUCAAACGAAUUUCACCCUUCGACCCGAGUUUUUAUUCAAGCUUAGGAAAGCAACUUUAAGUUUCUUUUUUAUGGAAAUCCUCUCAAUCUAGUGGAUUUGACAGUUUUCCACACGUAUUUUUAGCUUCUUCUCUCUUUUCGAACUAAUUUGGCCCUCCUCCCACCAGCCGAUGUUCCAUUCCAUUUAGUUCUUGUCUCCUCCAGCCGUCGAGUCAAAUUUAAAUCCGCCGCUCUUUUUCGCCCCAGGGCACAUUUGCACAUUUUCCCGGCGGCUAUCAUAUGUCAUGUCGUGGCGCCCCCCCAGGGCAAGCUUCUCCUUCCUUCCUCUGAAAAGUGACGGCUUUUGGUCUGUGUUCUACUACUUUCUGUGUCAUUUUGACCUUCUUGAAUUUUUCUCUUGGUUUUAAUUUUUUUGUGUAAGUUUUUGGGAUUUUCAGACAAAUAUAAGAAUCAGAUCAUCACUAGGGCGAUGUUCCAAAUUGAGAUUCCAAAAAGUUCGAGUUUUUGAUUUUAAAUAAAAGUUAUUUUCUGAACGAAAAUUUGAAAAAAAUUGGGAAUUCUCAAUGGAGCGCAUUGGGAGGGUAAAAAUAGGCUAUUAUAAGACUUCUCGAGUUUUCUUUCAAAAAUAAUUGUUUCGUUAUGUAGGCUUUUGAGUGAGAAAAAAUCUUCCUGCAAAAAGUAUCUGGAUGAUUCAAGAUUUUUCAACAUACUUCAAUGAAACAAAACUUUACUCGACAAAAAUGAUAUUUCCCUGAUUUUUGACAUCCAGGAGAGCCAUUUCCAUCAAUAGCGCACGUUUGCUUUCAAAAAUAAGCCGCCGAGAAAUUGGCCAAAAGUAUCCGGCUGUGCAUCAACUGCCUAAUUGAAAAAUUGAGUUUGACUCGGGCCGCCGAAUUGGAAGGCUCAUGACCUUCCCUCUAAAAGCCUGAAUUUUAGCUCCUCCUGAAGUUUUAGUCACCCUAAGUGCCUUAGUUUCAUUGAUGUACUAAAAAAAUACUUUUUUUCUAUUUUUUUGAUUUUUUUCUUUAUGGUUUCUUUUUUUGUGAGAGAGUCGAAAAGUAAAAAUUUAUUUUCCGCUAUUUUCUGUUCUUAAAAAUGAAUCUCGCGUGUUCAAUUUUCCUUUCUCUCAAGGAAAAAGCCUCUUGAAGUCUGAAAUUGCAUAUUGCGGACGACGGCUUUGAUGGCCCUUGGGGCGGUUUUUCGGAAAUUUUUCCCUAGAUAAAUUUGUUCUUCUUGCAAUUUUGGUUUUAUGCCGAGUGAACUCUUGGUUUCAAAAUUUUGAACUUUCAGUAAGAAAUCUUGAAUGUAGAUCCAAUUUUUUAGGUGCAAUCGAGUCAAAUUUGGAUAAAUUCAUUGAAAAAGAUUUCGAUGAUUUCUAAGUAGCAGUUCAAUAAUAAAUUUCGUCCCUUUCAAUCUGAAAAAAAAUUUCUCGGAACCUUAUCAGAAAGGCCAAUCGCUUCUCGGGAAAUUCGGCGAAAACCGAAGAAAGGCGCGAGAAGAAAAGGCUUUUUUUUCUGUUCCUGGUGCGUCCAGGAAAUUCCAGCCUGUCUCCCAUUGUUUUCUCCUUUUUUUUCCCAAGCGAAAAUGAAAUUAAACUCUCCUCUGAUAAGAAUCUGUACAGUCAUUACAUCUCUCUUCGUUUUUUUAUGGGUCACGUGGAUUUUUCCUUAUCAAUAUCAAUAAAAAGGAACGUUUGAAGUAGGAGAUUGACUGGCAAAUUAUCAUUUUUUGACUAAAUUUAAGGAAUUGGUUUUUUCCAACCGUUUUAUUUUUUUUAGAUAAUUUCUCUCAUUCCCGAAAAUUUUGGCUAGGAUUUCUCAGUUCUUGAGCAUUUUCGCCAUCUUGAAAAAAAUAUCCAGGCCAAUUUGGAGCUUGAAACGCGCUCUAUUGAAAUAUUUAGGAGGUUUUGAAAGGGAAACCAAAAACUCGAAUAACCUCAAAAAAACUACCAUGAUAAAAUGACAACUUAACAACUUUACACCCCACCAACAAAGCCUCAAUAAAAAUCCAACAAAUAGUGAGAAACUGGAACGAUUUACUCGGAACUUUUACUUUUUCCCUUAUCAAGUCGUUUGAUUUACUUUUUUUUUGCUUCCUUCUUCCAAAAAAAUGGGGUCAGGAUCGAGAAAAACGGGAUCUUUAUCUUUGGAACGCCUAUAAACGUUCUGUUUUCUUUUUUUUGCAAAUUAAUGGAGAGAAGCUUGGAGAUAAUAUUAUUGAAGAUCAGGAAAAAUCGAAUUUUGGCUUAAAUUCGAUUGGAUGCUUUUUUCUUGAAGAAGCUUCGGAUUGGAUACCUUAAAGAGACGACUUUUCCCGUAUCUAGCUUGGUUUCGAAUUAUCAGAAUCGUAUGAGAAUCGCUUGGAAAUCUUCCCAUCACCAUCAUAUUCAAGCCCCCGAUAAUUUCUUUUCUCGAAAACGAAAUCAUUCCCCUCCGAUUUCUUGUUUCCAUCCGUUUUGAUGGCUUUUUUUUGACGAGAAAGCCGUUAAGAGACAGACUUUUGGGUCAUUUGAAAAAAAGUUCCUUUCCUCACCGAAUGAACCCGUUUAUAAUCCUCUUUUGUACUUUUUUUAGUUUUUAUGAGAUUUUUUAUCAAAAUAGCUUAAUAAAAGUUCAAAUUUAGAUCAUGGGGACUUCAUUACUUGAAAGAAAAAAAGUAUUAGUCCAUCCAUGGGCUCAUUAAAAUCACAAGGCUGAUUUUUUAGGUCUUUGUUGGGUUUUGUGUGGAAAGGCUAACAGAUUUUUAAAGUUUUUUGGGAGGAUCGCUCACUCUUUUUGAAACUGUUUCUAGAUAAGUCAAUAGGUAAUAUUUUCAAGAUUAAAAAAAAAAUCGAAGAUAAUAAGAAAUAGGAGCUUGUCACUUCAAACCGUGACCGACCUUAAACGACCUGCGCGUCAUGGUAUUGAGAAACCUUAGAGAAAACUGUUGAAAGCUUUUUACGUCGUAGACUCCCUUUUUUAAUUUUUUUUUUUAGAACUAGGGCGAUUUUUGGUAUGACCAGGUACUAUUUUUUUUUUCGAAACUCUCAUUCAGCACAUUUUGUACGGCGUUAUCUAGAUCAAAAUGAUGCGGUGAAGCGACAAAGAUGACCUCAAAGAAAGGCAGCAGAAGAUAGAGGCAGAAAAAAGCCACACCACCGCAGUUGCUUCAGAUCGGCGAGUCUGAUAAAUUAACGCGGAAAAAAGGCCCAUUUUGGAACUGGGACAUUGCACGGAGGAGCUAUAAAUUUCUGUUUUAGGUUAAGCAUUUGGGGAAUUUUUUUGAAGGUUUUGAAUUCAAACAAGAGCUGUUCUGAGCGAAACUAGGCGAAGAAAAGUGGUAUAAAGAGGAUUUUGGCUAAAUUUGAGAAAAAUGAGAGAAAGUGGUUCAACAUGAGCGAUAAACAUUAAAUUCUCUGUUGUUUUAAAAUCUCCAAAGUUCUCAGAAGGAACAGCUUAUUUUUAAAAUUUUUGGUUUUCGUUCAAAAUUUUUCCUCGGAUGUUGAUCUUCACUUUUACCACUGGAAAUGAUUUCGGAAUUCGCUUUAACAUGAGCAAUACGUUAGCUUUUUCUGAGUUUUGCUCCUUUCAAAAUUAGUGGAGACGUAAAAAUAAUGGUCAGAAAUUUUCAUGAUUUUGCGUCUCAGAGGAUGUUUUUCGCCGACUAUUUCGUUCCUAAUCAAACUGAAACUCCACAAACCCAUAAAAAAGAUCGACCUUCAAUCUUGUCCUCUUUCACUUUUCGUUCUUUCCUCGAAACCGAUCAAACAACUUUGACCUUUCCGCCCGAACCAAAUCUAACCAAAUCAACAUAAUACACAGAUGCGUGAAAUUGUCGUUCAAGGAAGAAAAAAAAAACACCUCAAUAAGAGGAACAUUUGGCCUACUUUUCAGUGCUUUUUUGUCUCAUCUUCUUCCAAAGAUGGGGAGAGCGCGCCAAAAAUGGGGCGUGGCUUGCCUCCUUCAUCUUUUAGCGCGGCGAUCCGAAUCUCCCCCUUUUUUCCUUCCUUCUUGGGAUUUGUUCUGGUUUUGAUCGUUUUUCGGUGUUGGUUUAUUUGCUCUUCUUCUUUUAGGGCUUCGAGUGGCGAUCUCGUUAGAUUUCGCAGUUUUGUCAGGUUUUCUUCUUUUUUUUUCGUUUACUUUUUUGAAUUUUUGUUUGUCUUGAAGAUAAAAAAUAGUGGCUUACUUUUAAAAUUGACUCAUAAAAAAGUUUCAGAUUUUUGAAGUGAUUUUUUUCUAAUCAUGUAAGUCUCAUUUGUGAGUUUUCAGUACAAAAAUCAGUUCGAUGCCUUUAAAGAUGAGUAGAAAAUUCCAAGAAGCCAUGGAAGCGAUUUUUUUUUUCCUGGAAGAUUUUACAUCGUCAAAAACGCUCUCUUCUCAAAUGAUUGACUGAUACACUUUCACCAUUGUUUUUGGUCGUCCGAUUCAUUCUUCCAAUAACUUUUUUCCCUUGCCUUCCGAUGGGCCUGAAAUUACACACAUUCUCUUCCGGAACUGUACGAAACAUUUGGAAAAGGCAAAAAAAGUUGUUUGAGUGCUUCCCGAUGGGGGCCACCAAAACAAAAUGAAUAGAAAGAAAUUGGUUAGUCAUUUUUCGUUUUUGUUGUUUUUGAAGGGGAAGAUGGAACGAAUUUGGGUUUUUCGGUGAGGAAAGGGACAUUAUUGGUAGAAUAAGAAUGUUUUAACGAGUGAGGCGUUACUAGAAUGAGAAAUGCUCAAUUUUAUGGCCGUAAGGAAAUGAAUCUGUAGAAAUUGAGUCCUUAAACUCAUAUAAAAUAACUUUUUAGGUUUAAAAAAAGCUCUAGAAGGCUUCUGCCUCAAUUUUUUCAAAAAAAGUUUUUCCGGCUUUUUCGUAAUUUUUUCCAUUUUUAGAUUCGAUUCUAGUCAAAUAUUCUCAAGCUUAUCACCAAUGAGUCCUCAUUUUCUUAACGUUCACUGAUCAUACAAAAAAAGAAAGCGACUAGAAGCGGCUAUUUGUUCGGCGUGCAAGGUUUUGACACAUUUUCCGUGCGCAAACUUUUUUUCCCCCCUUCUUCAGCUGUCUUCUCCGGUCUCUUCCAUUUGGCCAAGUUCCAAGUACUUGAUGCUUUUCUCUUUCUGAUGGUCUUUGACUUGAUAUUAUUCUAGGAAUUUUCUGGAAAGUCACUUUCUCUUGAGAGUUCAAAAAAAAAUGCCUCGUUUUACGAAAUUUUUUGAAGUUUUGUCAUUUUUUUGGUGAAGCUGAAGCUUCAUUUUGAGCCUUCUAAGGUUUGUCAAAAUUUCAGUUUUUUUUGGAGUUCAAGCUUCCUUCUUAAGCUAAAUGAGAUUUUUUUCAGAAAAAAAUUUUUUUAAUUUUUGCAAGUUUGACCUUGCUCAAUUUUUUUAUGAAAAAAAUUAAUUAUCGGUAACCAAUUCCAUCAAUUUUUUUUAGCUAAAAACUGCGGCUUAAUCCUUCUGAUAAGGGCUUGAUUCAAUCAAGAAAUAAUAACUUUUUGCCCAGUUAAUUUUUUCGAAUUUUUUCUCCAAAGUAAUGGAAAGUUUUCCCAUUUAAAAGCCACUCCCUAAUCGGUGAGCUUCGACCUUUUGAACAUCAUUUUCUAGACGAAAAUUGGGAAAAGUCAACAAUUGAGUCGCUGAGAAAAGCGCAAAACAACGGACCUCCGAGGUGCAAAUAAAAGACCUUGCCUGAGGCGGGCAAAAUGAUACAUUUGGUCUCUUCACGAAAAAAAAAUGCUGUGAAAAGAAACGAGCAACAUGAAACCGUUGGAGCCCUUUUAUUUGUGAAAGGUUUUUGGGGAGGAGUUUCAAAAUAGAUGGGAAUUUUCGUAACGGCUUUCAUGUAAAAUCACAAAAACCAUGAUUGUCAAAAAAAGAGGAAAUUUAGAAAUGCUUUGGUUCUUUUAUGAUUGAUCUCUGCACCCGACUUUCAAGCGACUUUCGCAAAAUCGUAGAAAUCUAGAAAAUAGAUGGGAAUUUUCGGAACGGCUUUCAUAUACAAUCACAGAAACCAUGAUUUUUCUCAAGAAAAGAGGAAAUUUAGAAAUGCUUUGGUCCUUUUUUGAUUGAUCACUGCACCCGACUUUAAAGCGACUUUCGCAAAAUCGUAGAAAUCUAGAAAAUAGAUGGGAAUUUUCGGAACGGCUUUCAUUGUACAUUUUUUAAAUUGAACCACAGAAACCAUAAUUUUCAAUGGUCUUUAUGAGAAUAAGAAGUUAAGAAUUGUUUUCUUUUUUCUUUUUAUUGAUUGAUCACUGCACUCCACUUUAAAGCGACUUUCGCAAAAUCGUAGGAAUCUAAACCUUCCCAUUUCAUAUUAAAUGGAUAGUUAAGGACCUCAAUUUUUCCCAAAUGCCUCUAAAGUUCACAGGUUCGAUCUCUCCUCACAACUUUGCAACCCCUUUUUUUUCCAUCUCAAACUUUUCAAGUGCACUCUAAACACUCCUCGUUCACCGUGAUAUCUCGCGUCGGCUCUUUGUCAAUUUGCUUUUGAUACCACGACUCUUCAAACAAAAUCGCUCAGUGUUCGGUUAGCCGCCGUCGACGCCAAAUGAACGAAGCCGAAGCUCCGCCCACCGGACACGCCCCCAUUUUGUUGAUGCAGCGCCUUCAGAAGCUCGACAUUGCACGGACCGUCCUUCUUCUUCUUCUUCCUACCUUCUGUUUUGCUGACGUCAUCGUUACCACUGUCCUGUGACGUCACCCUGGUGAUGAUCCUAUUUUUGUCGUUUUUUUGCAUGAUUUUGGUUUUGUUUUUGGGUUUUAAAGCCACCUCAAAUAUUUAGAAAAAAUUUUGAAGAUUCUGAGAACGUAUGAAUGAAAAAUGCGUAUGUAAGAAACAAAAAAAAUUCUGAAAAAUUAUUUUUUAAUUUUUGUGAAGAACUCUAUACUUGAACAUUUGGGCUAACAUGCAAUCUUCAAUUUUGUUUUGAAUCGAAAUUUAAAAUUCUUCAUCGAUUUAAGAAAAUCAGUAACAUGCCUUCAGUUUUGAAUUCCCAACCAAAAUUUUCCAUAUUUCCACCAUUUUUCCAUCACGUCAUUUUCGCACUCGCACAAAAUGAUUAUAAUCUAUGUGAAUCGUUGAAUUUUAAUACUUUCUUUUCGAAUUUUCACACGCACUCGUUUCAAAUUUAUGCACACAAUCACACAAACACGCCACGAAAUCACUCGCACAGCACCUUCUUUCUCUAUUUCUAUACUUAUUUCAAAAACUUUUUCAGAAAUUUUUAUGACACUUUCUUGUCACUUGCACAUGAGCACAAACUCUUACUAACAACACUGGGAUCAGAAAAAGAUCUUUUUGAGGAGUAUUGAGGUUUUUUUGUUUGCAUGUUGAUUGGCUCAAAACUCGCGGUUUGAGAAUAGAACCCAUGUCACCCCGCGCAAGUCGUUUUGGGUCGGUUGCAGUGGGAAAGAUGCUUUUGGUUAUUUUGAGCGCCAAAAAAAAAUACCUCAGGCUCUCAGAGUUUAAUGAAUUCAAGUAAAAAAUCAGGAUCUAACUUUUGAAAGGCCUUCACAGUUUUCAAAAAAUGUCUAUUAAGUCUAAAGAAAAAUUCUUAAAAAGCCUCAAAGUCUCCUAUAAAUCCCAAAAACAUUUUCACUACUAACAAUCACUUGCACACGUCACAGAGUGCACUCGCACAAAUCAAUUUGCACCAAUUUGCACAAAAAUCACAAGAAGCACUCGCACAGAAACAAGAAAUCACUGUUUUCUUCACAAUUUGCACUCGCACCGACACACCUUUUGUUCUUUAACAUGUGAAAUAUGGUGUGUAACAUGAGAAACAUGUCGUGUUUUUUGUGUCAAUCUGAGCAAUAGUCUCUGAACCGUGAUGUUAUUUGGUAGCAUGAUGAUGAGGUAGACUGUCCAUUCUUUUGAUUAUGAUUAUAACUAUUUUGGCAUGGACAAUGUCACGCUUAAUUCAAAUUUCACCUUCCUCUCUUGAUCAUACCACGAAGAUAGCAUGAAAGGUAAUGAAACCAUGCCUUUUCUGUGAAUUCCCCAUAAGGUGUGCUAGCACGAGCAAUGCGCACGCCUACUCUGAUUCUCCAUUUCUGUCUUCAUCGGUAUAAUCUUCUUUUAAUCCCCUGUCUAUGUUCAUAGGUUGACCUAAAGCUUUCUUUUAAAAACAAUGUUCUGCUAGCAUGAGUAUUCAAUUAGGCCACGCCUUCUUCCUCUCUUUCUCUCUCUUUCUAACGUCAGCUAGCAUGAGCUAUACGAUAGCACCAAUAUCACGUUUUUUUUUCACUCGCACAGGCUUGUGUUGUAUUUUGUUUUGUUGGUAUUUUGUAAUUUUUUUCCUCUGUGGCUAGUUUUAAUAAACUUUUUUGCACAAUCAAACAUGGUGUUCAAGAAAAUAGGGUUUUUUCUUUUCUGAAGUAUAAAAUUGAUACAUUUUGAAUAGAGUUUUUAGUUGAGUGAAUAUUCAGGCUGAUAUCGCUUUUAAACUUAACCAGCACGACUAAAAGUUUAAAAUGAACGGUGUUUGGAAUGGCUUUCCCUUCUUAAAUCUGUUUCUUUGAAGCUUUUUCACGAAGUUGGUCAAAAAACCAUUCCAAAUGCGACCACAGUCAAGUAGAAUGUAGUUUGAUAUUUAUGAAAUGUAAAGAAAACCAGCACAACCAUUGAAAAUUUCAAGAUUAAGAAAGAAUUAACACACACAGAGCCCUAACGUUCGGCUUCACCUUCACCUCCUUGUAAUUUCUUUUGGCGGGUCACUCGGGGCGUUUGCAGAAUCGCUGACCUACUCUUGGCUGUAUGCCUCGUCGACGGAGAAGAUCUUGGGGCAGGAUGAACGUCGGUUCAUCUCCUUGGAUGGCACCUUGUACCUGUCCAAUGCACUUCAGGAGGAUGAGAAUAGGUGGGUGAAUUUCGUGGAAAAUCUAUCAGAAGGUGUCCUGAAAUCUCAGUGAAGCCAGUGGUUAGAUCAAAAUGAAAAUUAGAUCAUUUUUCAAUUUUUUCUGAAUAUUGAUACGUGGAAUCUACUAGACUGGAAGUCCUGAAAACUGAAGAAACCAUGCUCAUUUAAAAAAAAACUGUCGGCGGUGAACUUUUUGAACUUGUGCCUGUCAAAUUUUCGACUUUGGUGCUGCCGUUUGGACUGCCUAAUUUGGCCCGCUGAUUUUUUGGGGAAUAUCCAGAAUUAAUUUUUCAUUUUCUUUAAAAAUCAACCUAGUUCGGCUCCAAAAUAAAUGGUCGUUUUGAUGUGGCAAGAAAAAUGGGGGAUCAUUUAUAGAGACUUUUAAAUAAAUUGCAUUGAUCUCUCGCAUUCCUUGAUGUUCAAGUAAUUUUAUUACAUGUUGAAUUUUCUUUUUUUGAAUUAUUAUUUUUCAUUAUUUUUAAAUAUUGUGAAGAGAUUUCCUUUCAAGAGCAAAAGUUUGUUUAAUCAGAAGCAGAUUGAAAAAAAGUUAAAUUUUUUUGUAAGAAAAAAAUCAGAUAAUUUUUUUAAACUCUGAACAUUCCUCGUAAAACAAUAAAAAAAACCAAAAAGUUGGAGCGGUCAAGUUAGUUCUGUUCACGGUGAACAGAUCCGGACCGCUCCGACUUUUUGAUCUUAUUUAAGAAGUGGAUUUUUCACAUGCCCGGUAUUUUUUGCCGCCUUUUAGAUGGAACGGGGGCGGCGGCCCGUGGGAGUAGCCUUGCGACUACUCCUGCUGACCAACCGAUGACCCUUCGCUUAUAUACCUCUCUAUCCCGGUGCAUCCGACCUGGCACGGUUUUGCCAUCUGCUCCGCGUCUUGUGCUCCAAGGAGACAGGUGGCCUUGGCGUCUCAUAGGAGAGGUCAUACAGGCAUAGGAGCGAAAACAUUUACUAAAAAAAUCCAGUCGAAUUUUUUUGAUAUGAAGCUUCUCAAUUUUUAAAAACACGAAAAUAAAUUUUUUUGAAAAAAAGCCUUUUAUCAAAUUUCCGGUGUUUAUUUUUUUAAAAACCAAAGCAACUAUUGUUUUUUUUUUCUCUUUCGAAAUAAAUCAGUUGGAUAUACCGCCGAACUGUUCAAAAAUCUUUCUAUGCCUGUUUUUUUUCGAGUUCAAAAACUGACUGACCCAAAAGAGAAAAAGCAAACUUUAGCGGCUUGUAUUCAAUGAAAAAAAAACACUAACAAUAGCCGUGCACAGUGCUCAUCGAAAGGAGCCGAAUUUGCCCAUCGGCUAAGCUUUUGGCGCGGCUUUGCGCAGUUUUGGGCACUCUUCACUUCCGUUUCGGUGUUCAUUGUGAAGCUUCCUCUUUGAGAAAAGCUUUUGAAUUGGGUGCUAAAUGGGGUUGGAAUAAGAUAGAUUGAAGACCCGGGAACUUUAAUCUUUAGGCUAAUAAAAUAUUAAAAAUGAUGAAAAAAUUAACAUGGAAGUGAGACUUUUCGUUCGAAAAGAGGAUGCUUUUUUAAUUUUUCCAGCUUCUUUUUUUAAAAAAAGUUCUAAAAUUCAACUAUUUUCAGCUACGCAUGCUCCCUGUCGGUCUACUCGACCCAAUCCGGCCAUUAUGGACCAUUCUUCCGGCUGAUCGUACCAAACUCCGGCAACGCCACCUUCGCUCCUCGCCUCGACUCGAGCCAACCUCAAGUUUUUCCCGAGGCUCCGAAACUCGGCGAAUCGAUUUAUUUGGAAUGCUUCGCAUAUGGAAAGUGAGGAUUCGACAAUCAUCAUCCAGCAAAAAAAAAAAAAUUAAUUUCCAGUCCAUCCCCCAUCUACAAAUGGUCCCGAGUCGAUGGAAAGCCGCUUCCAAAAACGGCUCAGAUCACGAAUUUCGGCCGCGUCUUGAAGAUCGAAAAAGUUGGACAUUCUGAAGCGGGACGGUACAAGUGUGUGGCGUCGAAUGCCUUGGGAGCCGCUGGAGGAGAGAUCAAUGUCAAACUGAGAGGUAAUAAUGGAAAAUAAAGAAUAUUUUGAGCUAUAGUUUUGUUAUAAGUAGACGAAAGGAAUCUAAAACAUUGAAAAAACUUAAAAGGUCAUUAAUCAGGUUGGAAAAUGACCUUGAGCUCAUAAUUUCAGCACCACCUGUCAUCCUGCAGCCACUCUACGACAAACUGGUACCAACCAACCGAGAAUUCACUUUGGAAUGUCUUUUGUCGAACGCGGACGCCGAUUCUUCAGUGGAAUGGUUCAAGAAUGGACAACCGAUAGUUCCACUACUCUUGCCCGUUGAACAGAGGAAAAGACUGACCAUUGAGCAUAAUGUGUGAGUUUUUCCAUUCGAUAAGUGGAAGUUAUCUCCAGAAAUUCUGAGAAUCAAGAAAAAAUAAGGUAACACUGUCAAGACGAAUAGUCGUCAGAUAGGUAAUAAUGGUGAUUAAAAGAAAUUUGUAAAAUUAUUGCGAGGGUCCAUAAAGGCUCCAUAGAAAUUUUCCUUCUAGGGUGAUGAAGGUUCCCUUUUUGCGCUAUUUUCUCAGCCCUUAAGCACUACUUUGGUGCCUCUCCCUUUCUCCACCAUUUAUCGAGCCUUUGAGAUCUCAGAAAAAAAAAAAUGGAAGGCUCGAUAAAGAGACUCUCUUUGCUGCCUUUCUGCGGCCUUUUUUGAGCUUCUCCCUUUUAGCGGCCAUUAUGCACCCUUCCGACUUUGCUCGAGAAUAAUAGAUAUAGUUUAUUCACUGUCAUAUUUAACAGAAAAAAAAAUAAUUGAAGAAUAGAUGAUCAAGUGAAGGAAUAGGCAGAAAAAUAACAAUACACGGGAAAGAGUCAACCCCAACGAGUUGACGGGUACCCGGAAAUAUGACGAAUUCAAAGGAGACGAGAGGGCAUAUUUUCAUGAAAGGCUUCAAACGGAAGAGCGUUCAACUUUUUACGCAGAGUUUCUGGGGUAACGUUAAAAUCUAAAUAAGAAGUUAGUUUAUUCCAAAGAGGAAUAGUUCUAGAAAAAAAGUCAUUAGAAAAGAAAGAGAGAAGAAAAGAAUUUCUUCAGUCUGACCAUGAUCGGAACCCAAAAGUCCGACUCUGGCGUCUACGAAUGCAUGGUGUCGAACGACGUCGGCAAUACCUGGAGCUCGGCUUUGGUCUGGGUCAAAGAUGCCCCACCGCACUUUCCGCCUCAUGCCAUCCCAAGGAAUAUUUUCGCUGUCGUCGGCAGUCAAGUUGUGAGUUGGAAAAUUUCGAUCCAGGGAAAAAGUUAGAUUUCCGACGUUUUUGAUCAAUUGAUCGCACUAUAAAUAUCACAAAUUAUUUCCUCAAGUACAGUAUUUUUACCGUUUUGUGUGUUCAGAAGCUCAGUAGUUUCUGUGGGGCGCAUUGAAAAUUGAAAAUUUUUAAUUACUUGACUUUUUUUCACUCUUGUGUCGUAUUGAAGAGCUGUUCGAAUUGAGAGAAUUUCUUGAAAUUCUCAGAAAAUUUUUCCGUUUUUAUUCCCUGUCUUCCUUCAUUUUCUGUAACAGACUAAGUUGAAUUUUUCAGACGGUGCCAUGCGUCAUGGAAGCUUCUCCCUACGUGGUCGGCAAGUGGAGCGACGCCGGCGGCGCUCGUUUGCCCCAAAAAGGAAGGAUUCGCGACGUCGAUGGUGUCCUACACAUCGACCGAGUUCUUAAUGGUACAUCGUAUCGUAAUCCUCGAUGUUUACUGUAUUUUUAGACGAUUCUGGACUGUUUUUCUGCAUGGCACAGAACCGGCUCGGCAAGGCCCAUGCUCAAAUGCAACUCACUGCGAUGGGUACUACUGUCCGCAAAAUAAAGACGUCGGAUUUCAUUAUUUUCAGAUGAACCGGCGGUCAAAGUCCAAGCCGAUAAUCGAUUCGUCAGUGAAGGCACGGUUAAUAUCAGUUGUGAGGUGAGGAGAAACAACAGAAAAGGGAAGGAAGGCCGGAGUUUAGGUUGAGUUGAACUGCGAAAACACGACGGAAUGCCCAGAAGCGUUGUUCGAAUGGAGGGUGGACGACCGGCCGCUCAGCCGUCUGCCGUCUUUCCGGACCAGAGUCCAGGAACACAUGAAGAAGGCCGGUCCGAAAGGGAGGAAUGUCAAACAGAAAGUUGAUCUGGAGGUUGGACAAAUUCAUGAUUCAAUAAAAAAAAAAUCCAGACUUACAAAUGUAGCUUCAGAACCUCACUUCCGUAAGGUUCAGGAAACGCAGUAAUAGAUUUAAAAUUUCAAUUAUAGCCCGACCACGGCUGGGACAGCGAACGGGACGUUUAUUUUUUCGUGGCGAAGGUAGAUCAUGGCGAAUAUCCAUGUGCCUUCCAUAAAAGCCCCAUUUUAUGACUUAUUUAUUUUUCUCUUAUGAUUCGUCGAUUCAAUCAAUCAAAUCAAAAUGUUUUAUUUCUCACACACAAGUACUAAAUUUCACGAAAUAGAUGUAGGGAGAGUUUGGGAACAUAUGUGUCGGAACUUGUGGUGAUGGAGGGAAGAGGACUCGCGGUCGUGUUAACCCCCACUUGAGUAAAUUGAAAUAACCAUGAAGUUAUUCUUUUUAGAUGUCGAUUAUGUAGCUUUUCAUAUUUUUUUGUUGGAUCAAGAGUGUUUAGUUCUGUAAUGUUGUUUUCAAACCAUUUCUCAAGUUUAGAUCUGAACUUAUUUUUUUCAUGCUCAAAUACUAUGUUUCUAUCCAUGUGAUUCCAAUGAUUGUAAACUCUUUGAUUGAUGAACCGGUAGUGUAUGUCAGAAAGUAGAGGCCGCUCUAUUUUGAGACCAUUUCCUCGCAGUUGAUUCGAUCUACUUGUUGUAUUUUGUAAAGGGAUUGGAGAUGGGCACCAAUAGUAUCCGUAAAUGAAAUUGUGAGCAGCAGUUAUGUCUUUCUUUAAACGUCUUAAACAAAAAACAAUCAAUAAAAACAAAUAGUUCAUCAAAUGAGGCUCUUAUUAAAGGCGCACGUAUGGCCGCCAUGAACUACUUUCGCCGCGCAAGUUAAACCGCCCGUUCGCUGUCCCAAGCCAGCCUUGAACGGGCUAUACAGCUUAAAAAGCUCAUACUAAUAAGGAAGGUCUUUUUACUUCUGCGAAUCUCAAAUAGGUUUUUUUUUUCAUUCUCUUCAUGAUUGACCUGUUAAAAUUCCCUGAAAGUCGGCAUUUGACCCCUCCUAGUUUCCCUAAAAAGUCUCAAAGUCGCCAUUUUACCUGGUGUCUAAUGAUUCUCUUUUGUGAAAGGAAUUACUUUGUAGCUUGGGAAGUUUGAGAUGGUCAGGAUCACAUCCUGAUACAUUGAAGAGUUUCAAGAGAGUUUUUCGCAAAAUGAGCUCCUUUGGAAGUCGUUAAAAAAAAAUUCAUGAUUCCAGGUUCCAAAAUCGCUCGCCGGAAAGCACAUCGGCCGGUUCGCCUGCGCUUCCCUCUACGGCGGCAAGUCGGAAGCGGUCGGGCGCAGUCAGCCACCCUCUCCCAUCGCCGUCAUCAUCGAGAAGCAGGAAAAGGGGCGUGGCUACCGGUUACGCUGGCGACUCCCUCCACAGCACCGUGAUACUAGGGAUCAUUCGGUUUUGAGGAAAAAUCUAGGACAGAACGAAAUAAUUUCUUGUUUCAGUCCAAAGCCGAAGGGUACCUCGUCGAGAUGCGCACCAAGCAAGAAUCGACGAUGGAGCGCUGCCAGCCGUGACGUCAUCGCCCAUUCUGACCUCGACAGCGUCACCCUGAACAACUUGCUGCCGAAUACGGAUUAUCAGGUGAUUUUUUUAUCCAUAGUAGUGUCAGAAGAGCCUCUAUUAAUUAAUUGAGAUAAAUUCGUCUAUUUUGAAAACAGCAAGGUGUCAUAAUUUUGGUAUGAAGAAUAAUGAGCUGUCCCCAAAAUUUUUCUCUCGUUUCUCAAAACUUCUUUUUCAGUUCCGCGUUCGAUCCCUGGACUCCUCGACGAUGAGCGAGCCGUCGAUGCCUUCAGAAUGGAUCCACACGCCUUCUGGGCCGCCGUCAGAAUCGAUCGAGACCUUGAAGUGGCGUCCCCUGGACUCGCAGACGUUGCUCGUCGAAUGGCAGCCCGUCGAAAGGGACUAUCACGCCGGCGAUAAUCUGAGAUAUCGAGUCUCUUGGUCUGAAUCGACUUCGGCCGAUAAUCAGACCCUCCUGGCGGCUGAUUCAGAUGUCCUCCCUCAUCAUUUGGGUGGGAAAAGGAUCGGAAAGUCAUCGGAUAAUGAGUCUGUUUCAGACUCUCAUUUGCCGCAGGCCGUGGUGAAGCUCAACUCGACGGAAGGAUGUCGAAUGGUGGUCCUGGCAGUUCGGCCUGUUAAUGACCAGGGAGACGGCUCUGUCAGCACCGAUACGAUUGCUUUUUUGAACAGUAAAGGUGAAUGAUUUGAAUGAAUCUGGUCGCACGUGGAAUGGCUGAAAGACAUAGCCUUUUUUUUUAAGGAAGAUCGGGGCAUAAAUAGAUUUCAUAAAUAGACUUCGAACAUUUCCAUGAUUGAAUUGAAAAAAAAAGCUUCCGAUCAAAUUUUCGUUCUAAACUUUUUGGAGCCAAUUUGGAUGGUCUUGGAGUUCUCAGAAAAAUUGGCUUUAAGAUAAAGCUUCUUACACGGGUAAAGUCCAAAAGGUCUUUCAAAAAGGACUUUUGGAAAAAAAAAGCCUUUAAAAGGCCUUAAAGGCGCUUUUUUUUAGAUCUUUUUUUGGAAAGGACCUUUUAAAAAAAUAAGGCGGAAAAAAGAAGAUUCCGGGACUUUUGACAACUUUUUAAGAACUCAAAAAAGAACUGUAGGCUCUUCUUUUUGAGGCCUUCUUGAGGUCGUUUGGACUUUGCCUGUGUUAAAAAGCGGUCCUAAAAGUUCAAAUAUAAAGAUUUUAUGCGCCAAAUUUGGUUUUUGGCUUUAACUAACAAGCUGUGAGCUGCUUUGAAACUCCCUGAAUGAGGUUUUAAUUUUAUUUUUUAUUUCAGGGCAACUGAAACGCGCCCAUUUGCACAACGUGAUCCCAAUCAACGCGACCCACGUCAAUAUUUCAUGGAUCUGGGAGAAGGACAGCGAUUGUGACGCCAAAAAUGCCCUUCAGGUAGCGUCUUUUUUGAGUUCUCAAGCUUUUUACUGGAAAAGAGCUUAUUGAUUUUUAGAAAAGAACUAUGCUGACUAUGGAUCGAAAGUUGAAAUAAGAACAUUUUCAGAUCAAUUGCAACUCGACGUCUGGUGAAGAAGUGACGGUGAAUGUCGGCCACGAUCAUUCUCAUUUCCUGGUCGGCGGCCUCCAGGCCGACACCGCCUACGAGUGUCUUCUGCGCGCCGUUGAUAAUCAUGUAAAUCACCAAAUUAGAGUCAUAGAAUUGAAGAAAUUGAUCCAGGGAAAUCAAGGACCACCCAGCCGGCAAUUCAGGAUCCACACCAAGCAAAAACCGCCCACAGACGCUCCGGAGAUUCUGAAGCUCAACUUGAAGCCAUCGGUAAUUCUUUUUAGUUCUAGGAAGCUCUAAUGACAGUUUCAUCCAAAACUAUUUUUACGGUUCAUGCUCCCAAUACUCAUUACACUUCCUAAUUUUAGUUUUUUGGCUUUUUCGAUUUUACGAACUUCAGAACUUGCAUACGAGCUUUUUGAGAAUAAUCAUCUUUGAUUUAUUAGACUGAAGGCUACGCGACAGUACUGGAAUGGACAGCUGUGCCGCUGCAAAUGCUGAACAAAUCGGAGAUUGGCUGCGGAUACAAGGUAUCUAGAAGGAAGAGAGAAUUUUUUUUUCGAAAAAAUGAAAAUUAUUAUCAACUUAUAGAGCUUCAAAGCUCCGUUGAGAACGAGGAUUUGAAAGAUCUUGAAGUCGGUAAUGAAAAUCGACAUUUCUGAGCAUUUGUAGUGACCUCUUUAGUGGCGUCCGCACCCUUAAGGGACCCCUAGAAUCGCUCAGAAGCGUCCUUUUUGAGUGACCCCUAGAGUCGCUCUUAAAUGAACUCUAGUAUCGCUCUUAAGUGACCCCUAGAAUCGCUUAGAAACUUCCUAUUUGAGUGACCCCUAGAGUCGCUCUUAAGUGACCCCUUAAAUCGCUCAGAAGCGUCCUUUUUGAGUGACCCCUAGAGUCGCUCUUAAGUGACCCCUUAAAUCGCUCAGAAGCGUCCUUUUUUAGUGACCCCUAGAGUCGCUCUUAAGUGACCCCUUAAAUCGCUCAGAAGCGUCCUUUUUGAGUGACCCCUAGAGUCGCUCUUAAAUGAACUCUAGUAUCGCUCUUAAGUGACCCCUAGAAUCGCUUAGAAACUUCCUAUUUGAGUGACCCCUAGAGUCGCUCUUAAGUGACCCCUUAAAUCGCUCAGAAGCGUCCUUUUUGAGUGACCCCUAGAAUCGCUUAGAAACUUUCUAUUUGAGUGACCCCUAGAGUCGCUCUUAAGUGACCCCUUAAAUCGCUCAGAAGCGUCCUUUUUGAGUGACCCCUAGAGUCGCUCUUAAAUGAACUCUAGUAUCGCUCUUAAGUGACCCCUAGAAUCGCUUAGAAACUUCCUAUUUGAGUGACCCCUAGAGUCGCUCUUAAGUGACCCCUUAAAUCGCUCAGAAGCGUCCUUUUUGAGUGACCCCUAGAAUCGCUUAGAAACUUCCUAUUUGAGUGACCCCUAGAGUCGCUCUUAAGUGACCCCUUAAAUCGCUCAGAAGCGUCCUUUUUUAGUGACCCCUAGAGUCGCUCUUAAGUGACCCCUUAAAUCGCUCAGAAGCGUCCUUUUUGAGUGACCCCUAGAGUCGCUCUUAAAUGAACUCUAGUAUCGCUCUUAAGUGACCCCUAGAAUCGCUUAGAAACUUCCUAUUUGAGUGACCCCUAGAGUCGCUCUUAAGUGACCCCUUAAAUCGCUCAGAAGCGUCCUUUUUGAGUGACCCCUAGAAUCGCUUAGAAACUUCCUAUUUGAGUGACCCCUAGAGUCGCUCUUAAGUGACCCCUCAAAUCGCUCAGAAGCGUCCUUUUUUAGUGACCCCUAGAGUCGCUCUUAAGUGACCCCUUAAAUCGCUCAGAAGCGUCCUUUUUGAGUGACCCCUAGAGUCGCUCUUAAAUGAACUCUAGUAUCGCUCUUAAGUGACCCCUAGAAUCGCUUAGAAACUUCCUAUUUGAGUGACCCCUAGAGUCGCUCUUAAGUGACCCCUUAAAUCGCUCAGAAGCGUCCUUUUUGAGUGACCCCUAGAAUCGCUUAGAAACUUUCUAUUUGAGUGACCCCUAGAGUCGCUCUUAAGUGACCCCUUAAAUCGCUCAGAAGCGUCCUUUUUGAGUGACCCCUAGAGUCGCUCUUAAAUGAACUCUAGUAUCGCUCUUAAGUGACCCCUAGAAUCGCUUAGAAACUUCCUAUUUGAGUGACCCCUAGAGUCGCUCUUAAGUGACCCCUUAAAUCGCUCAGAAGCGUCCUUUUUGAGUGACCCCUAGAGUCGCUCUUAAAUGAACUCUAGUAUCGCUCUUAAGUGACCCCUAGAAUCGCUUAGAAACUUCCUAUUUGAGUGACCCCUAGAGUCGCUCUUAAGUGACCCCUUAAAUCGCUCAGAAGCGUCCUUUUUGAGUGACCCCUAGAAUCGCUUAGAAACUUCCUAUUUGAGUGACCCCUAGAGUCGCUCUUAAGUGACCCCUUAAAUCGCUCAGAAGCGUCCUUUUUGAGUGACCCCUAGAGUCGCUCUUAAAUGAACUCUAGUAUCGCUCUUAAGUGACCCCUAGAAUCGCUUAGAAACUUCCUAUUUGAGUGACCCCUAGAGUCGCUCUUAAGUGACCCCUUAAAUCGCUCAGAAGCGUCCUUUUUGAGUGACCCCUAGAGUCGCUCUUAAAUGAACUCUAGUAUCGCUCUUAAGUGACCCCUAGAAUCGCUUAGAAACUUCCUAUUUGAGUGACCCCUAGAGUCGCUCUUAAAUGAACUCUAGUAUCGCUCUUAAGUGACCCCUAGAAUCGCUUAGAAACUUCCUAUUUGAGUGACCCCUAGAGUCGCUCUUAAGUGACCCCUUAAAUCGCUCAGAAGCGUCCUUUUUGAGUGACCCCUAGAAUCGCUUAGAAACUUCCUAUUUGAGUGACCCCUAGAGUCGCUCUUAAGUGACCCCUUAAAUCGCUCAGAAGCGUCCUAUUUGAGUGACCCCUAGAGUCGCUCUUAAGUGACCCCUUAAAUCGCUUAGAAACUUCCUAUUUGAGUGACCCCUAGAGUCGCUCUUAAGUGACCCCUUAAAUCGCUCAGAAGCGUCCUAUUCGCGUUACAAAGAAUGGCUUUAACUCAAAAAAAAAGCCUUCAAUCGCAAUUGUUUUUUCUCUUUGUCAAUUUUAAACGCUGAAAAUUGGAACAUUUCAGAUCUUCAUCUACAUCUCUGAAACGGCGUCCGAAGCUGUGAUAUUGGAUAUGCCACUGAAUCGACUUUCCGACCGGCGGAAACCUUCGGCCAGGCUAGAUGGCCUCAAAUUGAUGUACAUGUACACGGUUCAGGUAGAUUAUCAUCAACAAAUUUUUUAAAAUUCCCAAAAUUUAGUGCUCUUGGAGCAAGGCUAAAUUAAAGGCAAAAGCUCAAACAGAAAAGACUAUUUUUCCAGUAGAUUUUCAUUUCAAAGUGAUUAAAAUCCGCUCUCAUGGGAAUAUUUUCCGAAUAAAUGAUUCUCCAGGUCGCCGGCUACAACCCGGGCGGAGUCGGACCACUGAGUGACCCAAGGAGCAUCCGCCUCGGCUCACCGUCUUCCCUGGACCUGACGUCAUCUUCAGUUCUUUCAAAUCCUCCAAUGUUUGCCUUGAUUUGCCUCCUUCUCGUGCCAUUUCUUAGGUAA